UUUUCCUUUUCUCUGCAAUUUUUAGCUCAGAAGAUCUGCUCGCCGAGGGCUUCCUCCAGCUCUUCCCAGACCCAAGCCUGUGACUCUCUUAGGGUCUCUAGAUAGCCAGUGGUGGGGCUGUGUGUUGUGUGUGGUUUUUAUUUGCUUCACACACUCUGUGAGAGUGUGUGCUGGGGACGUGAUCGAGAGAGAAGAGGAGGAGAAACGGAUUGAUUCUGUGGAUUGAGCAUUGGCAUCCUUUAGCCACCUCUACAACCAGCUCUUGAUGCAUAGCGCCAAGAUGAAGUCUCCCUGGAAAGUCCCUACAGUGUUCCCUCUGUUUUUUCUCCUGUUCUUUCACUCUUCUGCCUUUCUAGCCUAUGAUGACCAGAAGGGCACCAGUCACCCCAAUGGCCACAGCUGUCUAGGGUGUGUGGCGGUGGUAUCUGUGAUUGAACAGCUGGCUCAAGUUCACAACACCAGCAUCCAGGGCUCCAUGGAGAGACUGUGCGGCUACCUUCCUGAAAACUGUUUUGAAACCACCUGCGAUUUAGUGGUUCACAUGUUUGGCUCAGACAUCAUAAAACUACUUGGUGCACACAUGAAUGCUGACGUGGUAUGUCACGUGCUGGACUUUUGUAAGCAGGAUCCCGGCCAACCACAGUGUCAUCUCUAUCCACUUCCCAAGGAGGCAUGGAAAUUUACACUAGAGAAGGGAAGACAAAUUGUCAAGAAAUCCUCAAGUUUGGUAAGCAAUCAAUGCAUUGAAGGCCAGUCCUUUUCCUUGGCGGUUUGCCUCUAAUGGACCCUGCUCUCACACUCCAAAAGUUGGGGGUUACUCUGGAUACAAGCCCACUUCAUGCCAUCGUGGCGUUAGGACUACAGUAGGAACACAAACUCCUUUCCAUUUUUUCUCCUGCUUUCUCUUUGUGACAGCACCACUGACAUUUUUGGCUGGAUAAUUCUUUGUUGUAGGGGUAUCCUGUACUUUGGGGGGAAUGGUCUAACAGCAUCCUUGUUCUCUAACUAGUACAUGCUAAUUAGUACGAUUCUUCUCUCUCCAGCCAUAAUGAACAAAAUGUCUCCUGACAUUGCCAAAUGUCCUCUGGAGGGUAAAAUCACUCAGUGCUCUCCAGUAGAGAGGUUGUAGGCUUCUGGUCCUCUACUUUCUAAAAAAAAUGUGAUCUCAGGCGAGGUGCUCAACUUCACGGAGUCUCAGUUUUCCUGUCAUAAGAUAAGGACAACAAUAGUCCUCUGAUGGGAGGACUAACAGAGGUUAUGCAUGCAAAAAACCUGGCACCAUGCCUAGGGUU